AUGCCUGAAAUUAAGCCUAUGUCCAUAAAAGUUUAUAAUUCAAUUGUUAAAGAUUUCAACAAAAUAACUUCAUUUAGCAGAAAAUCUGAAAAUGAAUUGAAAAAAAAGUACAAAGAGGUGUUGCCGCCAACUUUGGGCAGUGUUAUAUCUUUACUUGUACAAAGAUCUAUGAAGCAAAGCUAUCGUAAGUCACCUGUAAUAUCAAGCAAAUAUUAUGAUUUAUAUGAGGAGCUAAUGAAAGAAAAAAAUAAAGGAGAAGUAAUACUUAAGCUAGCAGAUAGUCAAGGUAUCAGCCCAGCAUUGUUUGUGAGAUCAUUAUUGCAAAAUGUUACACCAGACUCUACUAUGGUAAAAAAGUAUCUUAAAGAUACAACAUUGAUAGAAAACAAGGAUUUGGCCUAUCAAGUAUUUUUGGGCAUUAUGAAUGACAAUCAAUAUGGACCCUAUGCAGAUAUUAUCAAACAAUCAAUAGGACUAGAAUAUGAACUGCGCCUAGAAAGAGAAUUAAGAGUCAUGAACAUUUCUUUUUCUGAUGAAAAUGUGCUCAGAUUGCGUGGAUAUGACAAAACUCCAGACUUUAAAUUGGAUGUUCCGAUUGCUGUGGAUGAUUUCAUUGUAAACUGGAUCGAAAGUAAAGCUUUGUUUGGCGAUGAAGAAAACCAUUUAGGAUACUUAAAAGAACAACUUGUAUGCUAUUGGAAUAGAUUUGGCCCCGGUUUAGUUAUAUAUUGGUUUGGAUAUCUAGAAACUCUAGAUGCUAUGCCUGAAGUUAAUAAUAUGUUCAUUUUACGAACAAAAUUUCCAGAUAAAUCAAGCAUUACCCAAUAUAAGAUUGAUUUU